GAACGUCCAUGGCCUCACGAUCACUCCGUUUUUGGACGAGGUGGAUAAUGAAAUCUUUGUUGCCACAGCUCUAACUACUUUUGAAUUUUAUUUGGGGACUAGCCAGGGUAUAUUCUUCCUGAAGACGUUGGGCAUUUCACGGAAUUACCGUAAAGAAGAGACUUUUCUCAUUUAAUCUUUUAUAAUUCAGACAUUUUCUUAAAACAUGGAAAAUGAGAUAUUCACACCUCUUUUGGAGGUCUUCAUAUCCAGCCCACUUGUUACCUGGGUUAAGACAUUUGGAUCGUUAGCUGGACAAAAUGCAACCAACUUGGAAGAAUACGUUGCACUUCUAGAUGGAGUUUUCUUAAAUGAAGUUAUGCUGCAAAUAAACCCUAAAGCAGUUAGUCAAAGAAUAAAUAAGAAGGUCAACAAUGAUGGAUCACUUCGAAUUCAAAAUUUGUCUAUUUUAAUAAGACAAAUUAAAUCAUAUUAUCAGGAGACAUUGCAGCAAUUGAUCAUGAUGCCUUUGCCAAAUGUUUUAAUAAUUGGAAAAAAUCCCUUUUCAGAACAAGGCACUGAAGAAGUAAAAAAACUCCUUCUACUUCUGCUUGGCUGUGCUGUUCAGUGCCAGAAGAAAGAAGAAUUCAUUGAAAGAAUACAGAGUUUAGAUUUUGAUGUAAGAGCAGCUGUUGCCGCCCACAUACAAGAGGUAACCCAUAAUCAGGAAAAUGUGUUCGAUCUCCAGUGGAUGGAUGACAAUGCUCUAACACAAGAUUAUAUUGAACCUCUCCUAAAAAACAUGGCAUUGCAUUUAAAACGACUUAUAGAUGAGCGAGAUGAGCAUUCUGAGACUAUCAUAGAGCUUUCUGAAGAACGAGACUCUCUUCAUUUUCUACCUCAUGCAUCAGCAGCACAAUCACCUUGUGUAUCUCCAGGAAUGAAAUGCACUGAAAGCAGACAACACUUAUCAGUGGAAUUAGCAGAUGCCAAAGCAAAGAUUAGAAGGCUUAGACAAGAGCUUGAGGAAAAGACUGAACAGUUGCUGGAUUGUAAGCAAGAACUUGAACAGAAUGAAACUGAAUUAAAGCGACUUCAACAAGAGAAUAUGAGUUUACUUUCGGAUGCCCGAUCUGCCAGAGUGUAUCGGGAUGAACUUGAUGCUCUCAGAGAGAAGGCAAUCCGGGUUGACAAGCUUGAAAGUGAACUCAGCCGAUAUAAAGAAAGGCUACACGAUAUUGAAUUCUACAAGGCUAGAAUAGAGGAGCUAAAAGAAGAUAAUCAAGUAUUACUGGAAACAAAGACAAUGUUGGAAGAUCAGUUAGAGGGAACCCGAGCCCGUUCUGAUAAAUUGCAUGAAUUGGAAAAGGAGAAUCUGCAAUUAAAGGCUAAACUCCACGAUAUGGAGAUGGAACGCGAUAUGGAUCGGAAGAAAAUUGAGGAACUUAUGGAGGAAAAUAUGUCACUAGAAAUGGCUCAGAAGCAAAGUAUGGAUGAAUCAUUACAUUUGGGCUGGGAACUUGAACAGAUAAACAGAUCAUCAGAAAUUUCUGAAGUGCCACAGAAGUCACUUGGUCAUGAAGUGAAUGAACUAACAUCAAGUAGAUUAUUAAAACUAGAAAUGGAAAACCAAACUUUAUUAAAAACAGUAGAAGAAUUACAAAAUGCAAUGGGUUCCGUAGAAGGCAAUAACUCAAAACUAAUGAAAAUGGAAAAAGAAAAUCAAAGGCUAAAUAAAAAGCUUGAAGGACUUAGGAACGAAUUUACUGAAGAGAAACAGAGUCAUCAGAGUAGUCAGAAUCUUUGCAAAGAUCUCAUGAAAGAGAAAGCACAGCUUGAAAAAACGAUUGAAACUUUGAGAGAAAAUUCAGAGAGACAGAUUAAAAUCCUGGAACAGGAAAUUGAACACUUGAAUCAAACUGUCACUUCACUUCGACAGCGUUCACAAAUCAGUGCUGAAGCAAGAGUAAAAGAUAUUGAGAAGGAAAAUAAAAUUCUCCAUGAAUCUAUCAAGGAGACAAGUAGCAAACUGAGUAAAGUAGAAUUUGAAAAGAAGCAAAUGAAAAAAGAGUUGGAACAUUAUAAAGAAAGGGGAGAAAGAAUGGAUGAGUUGGAGAAAGAAGUUCAUCAUCUUGAAAAAGAAAAUGAACUAUUACAGAAAAGGAUUACUAAUUUAAAAAUUACAUGUGAAAAAAUUGAUUCUUUAGAACAAGAGAACUCCAGUCUAGAUGUUGAAAACAGAAAGCUGAAAAAGGCUUUAGACAGUCUGAAAAAUCUCAGCUUUCAGUUAGAGUCUUUAGAGAAAGAGAACGCACAACUUGAUGAAGAAAAUUUAGAACUCAGAAGAACUGUUGAAUCUUUGAAGAGUAACAAUAUCAAGAUGGCUCAGUUAGAAUUAGAAAAUAAAGAACUGGAAAGUGAGAAAGGACAACUACAGAAGAGCCUGGAGCUUAUGAAAACAUCUUUUAAAAAGACAGAACGUUUGGAAGUAAGUUAUCAAGGCUUGGAUACAGAAAAUCAAAGGUUGCAGAAAACCCUAGAAAACAACAACAAAAAAAUUCAACAUCUAGAAAGUGAAUUACAAGAACUGGAGUCAGAAAAUCAAACCCUGCAAAAAAAUCUUGAGGAACUCAAAAUCUCCAGUAAACGUUUAGAAAAAUUAGAAAAAGAGAAUAAACUUUUGGAGCAAGAGACAACCCAGCUGGAAAAAGAUAAGAAACAGCUAGAGAAAGAGAAUAAAAGGCUCAGGCAACAAGCAGAUAUUAUGGAUAACACACUAGAAGAAAAUAAUGUGAAAAUAGGUCACCUGGAAAAAGAGAACAAGUCACUCUUUAAAGAAAUUGGUUUAUGUAAAGAAGCCUCUAUUCGUCUAAAAGAAGUGGAAAAGGAAAAUAAAGAGCUUGUAAAAAGAGCUACUAUUGACAAAAAAACACUUGUCACAUUACGUGAGGAUUUGGUGAAUGAAAAACUGAAGACACAGCAGAUGAAUAAUGACUUGGAAAAGCUUACACAUGAACUUGAAAAGAUAGGUUUAAACAAGGAACGUCUUUUACAUGAUGAGCAGAGUACUGAUGACAGUAAGUACAAACUUUUGGAGUCAAGGUUAGAGUCCACACUGAAGAAAUCACUUGAAAUAAAAGAAGAAAAAAUUGCUGCCUUGGAAGCGCGAUUAGAAGAAUCAACUAAUCUAAAUCGACAGUUGCGCCAAGAGCUUAAGAUAGUGAAAAAGAAUUAUGAAGCCCUCAAGCAAAGACAAGAGGAGGAGAAAAUGGUACAGAGUUAUUCUUCAAAACUUGAUGAAGAAAGUCAGCCUGUCACUAAAUGGGAAAGAGAGAAUCAGGAAACUACUAGAGAACUUUUGAAGGUUAAAGACAGAUUAAUUGAAGUUGAAAGAAAUAAUGCAACUCUGCAAGCAGAGAAGCAAGCCCUGAAAACUCAACUAAAGCAACAUGAGACGCAGAAUAAUAAUUUGCAAGCUCAGAUUUUAGCACUUCAAAGACAGACUGUUUCCUUACAGGAGCAAAAUACAACCCUGCAAACUCAAAAUGCAAAACUUCAGGUGGAGAAUUCAACAAUUAAUUCCCAAAGCACAUCACUUAUGAACCAGAAUGCACAGCUAUUGAUUCAACAAUCAACCUUAGAAAAUGAAAAUGAAUCCAUAAUAAAGGAACGGGAAGACCUGAAGUCAUUUUAUGAUUCUCUAAUCAAAGAUCAUGAAAAAUUGGAACAACUUCAUGAGCGGCAAGCAGCUGAAUAUGAGUCUCUCAUUUCUAAACAUGGAAACCUUAAAUCUGCACAUAAGAAUCUUGAGGUAGAAUAUAAGGAUUUAGAAGACAGAUACAGUGAAUUACUUCAGCAAAAAGUACAACUAGAGGAAUUGGAAAAAGGCCUCAAAGUGGAGCAAGAGAAAAUGCUUCAGCAAAACAAGAAACAUGAAAUGGUAGCAGUGCAAUACAAAAAGCUUUGUGAAGAAAAUGAUAGAUUAAAUCAUACAUACAUACAACUUUUGAAAGAGAAUGAAGUUCUUCAGGUUGAUCACAAGAAUUUAAAAACUUUAUUAAACAGUUCUAAACUAGAGCAAACAAGACUGGAGGCUGAAUUUUCUAAACUUAAAGAACAAUAUCAACAACUGGACAUUACUCACACAAAAUUAAAUAAUCAGUGCGAGUUGCUUAGCCAACUAAAAGGGAACUUAGAAGAAGAAAACAGACAUCUACUGGACCAAAUACAGACUUUAAUGCUACAAAACAGAACACUUUUGGAACAGAAUAUGGAAAGCAAAGAUCUCUUCCAUGUUGAGCAAAGACAAUAUAUUGACAAGUUGAAUGAAUUGAGAAGACAAAAAGAAAAAUUAGAAGAAAAGAUUAUGGAUCAGUAUAAAUUCUAUGAACCAUCUCCCCCUAGAAGGAGAGGCAACUGGAUUACUCUGAAAAUGAGGAAAUUGAUAAAAUCAAAGAAAGAUGUCAACCGAGAACGCCUCAAAUCUUUGACUCUAACACCAACCCGCUCAGAAUCUAGUGAAGGAUUUCUUCAGCUGCCACAUCAAGAUAGUCAAGAUAGUUCCUCUGUGGGCUCAAAUUCACUUGAAGAUGGCCAGAUAGUGGGAACUAAAAAAAGCAGCAUGGUUGCACUGAAAAGACUGCCCUUUUUGAGGAACAGACCGAAGGAAAAAGACAAAAUGAAGGCCUUCUACCGUCGCUCCAUGUCAAUGAAUGACCUGAUGCAGUCCAUGGUCUUAGCAGGAGGACAAUGGAUAGGUAGUUCUGAGCAUCUGGAAGGUCCUGAUGAUAUAUCCACGGGUAAAAGGAGAAAAGAAUUGGGAUCUAUGGCCUUCUCUACUACAUCCAUCAACUUUGCAACUGUCAACUCUGCUGCAGGCUUGAGAUCCAAGCAGUUGCUUAAUAAUAAAGAUGCAACAUCUUUUGAAGAUGUCAGUCCACAAGGAAUUAGUGACGAUUCUAGUACAGGUUCAAGAAUUCAAGCUUCCAGACCGGCCAGCCUUGAUAGUGGCAGAACAUCAACUAGCAAUAGCAAUAAUAAUGCAUCACUGCAUGAUGUCAAAGCAGGUGCAACUAACAACCAAAGCAGGCCUCAAAGCCACAGUAGUGGAGAAUUCAGCCUUCUUCAUGAGCAUGAAGCAUGGUCCAGUAGUAGCAGCAGCCCCAUACAGUAUUUGAAAAGUCACACUAAAUCUAGUCUCCUGCUUCAUCAUACAAUGUCAGAAAAAAUAGAUAAACAAGGAAUGCGGAGAAUUAAAACUGAAUCCCCUGGAAGUGAAAUGGUUACUCUGCAGCAAUUUCUGGAAGAAAGUCAUAAAGUUACUUCAGCAGAGCUAAAGUCUUCAAGCAAAGAUAAUCUUUUGGAUGAAGUAAUGAAAUUUUUUUCGGAGAAUGCUGAAUUAACAGGAAGAGAAAAACUAAGCAAACCCACAUCAGGCAGUAGUGGUAUUGUCAGAUCGCAGAGUGUAAGAAAUACAACAGAAUUAUCUGAUGUAAAGUUAGGUAAGCAAGAGCCUCUUGCAAGGCUCAAUUUAAACAGAACAGAAGAUUCUAAAGAUUGGAACUUUUUAGAGACAUAUGCUGCAGGCACUAAAGGAAAGAUCAGAUCUGCUAAAGAAAAUGUCCAGUCACAGCGACAAUCCAAAGACUGCAAUCCCUAUGCUACUUUACCUCGUGCAAGCAGUGUGAUUUCAACAGCAGAAGGAACUACUCGGAGGACCAGUAUCCAUGAUUUUUUAUCUAAGGACACUAGGCAGCCAAUAUUUGUUGAUCCUUCUCCAGCUACAGCUGAACAAAAUAUUAUAUCAUCUUCGAGUGAGUACAAUCCUCAACAACAAACUUCUAUUUUUUAUUAUGCUCCUGAUAAUGCAGUUAGUUUUUCCAAAAAUGACUUAGCUAAUAUUACUAUACCUGAUAAUUUGAAUAUACCUGAAAGGCUUAGCAAUUCCAGAACAAAGACCAAAUUUAUUACUAAAACAUUUUCUCUCAGUAAUGUAAAUAAUGAUAAAGUGGGUAUAUCAUCUUCAGGCCAUUUUUCUAUGCCAUUUCUGACGCUUAAUACUGAAUUAGUCUGUGAUGUUAGUGGAAUACCUCAAACAUCCAUAACCAAAACAGCUAAAUCAUUUCAUUCAUUGGUGAAAUUGCCACAGAAAGAUCACAAACAACCUUUUGAAAAUCAGAAAUCUGAAAAUGAAAAUAAAAAGGUAGAUAUCACACAGAAUAGCAACAAAUUUAAAAUCCUUGUGCAUUCAGACCCUAAUGAUAGUGAAUCCCCAUUACCAGCUGAUGAAGAUACCCAAACUAUUUGGUAUGAAUAUGGUUGUGUAUGAUAGGCUAUACAGUUAAGUAACUUCCCUGAUAAAGUGUGAAUGGGCUUGAAACGUAGAGCCUGUCUUAUUAAUUAGAUAGAAAAAAAACCUAAGAUUUUUUCCUCAAGUAGGGAUGAAUAACACACCUUUUGUUUCAUAGCAUGUGAAUUCUUAGCACAUGAAGGAAUGUAAAGUUAAAGACAUGCUAAAGUUUGCAUGAAGUAUUAACUGCAAUGUGUGAUUGCUGCAUGCCUCAUCAAAAAUCUUAAUGCAAGCUGAUUUUUUUAUCUUCUAUUUGUUAAAAAUAUGUUAUGGACAUUACUGGAUGCAUGCUAGCCAGUUGCAUGGCACCAUGCCAGAAACAGCAUUUUUAAAGAUACAGUAUAGCAAUUACAACAAUUUACAGCAAUUACUAAUUUUGGGACAGUUUCUCUUCUAUUCAGAUGCUGCAGUUUUAUGUGGAUUAGAUUUUAGGCCCAAUCCAGCUACGUUAAAUUUUGAUUGGUUUAAAAUAAGUAGCAUUGUUUGUUUGUCCAGAAUUUGUUUUAUCACUUUAUAGUUUACAAAUCAGUUGUAUGUGUACACAUCCAGAAAUAAAUCCCACAAAAUAUUUGUUUGGAUUCUUUUUCCCAAAUUAAGUGUGCUUCAUGUUGUAUUGUAGUCAUGUCACCUGACGUGAAUUGAGCCCUUCCUGUUCUUUCCCACUCAGGCUAGUAAAAAAUGUGGAAGGAAGUCUGCAUUGUAGCUUUUAAUUUAUAAUAUAUCCUAAAGAAAUGUCAUAGUCAGAAUAAUUCAGUGUAACCAUCAUUUUUGUACUCAAUGUGUACUCUAAAUAUAAAACAUAUGGCAUAAAGCCUAAAUGGUGGCUCUGGUUUUGUUUAAUGAUAUAUAACAGGCUUGCACAAGUUGCACUGGAAGGACAAACCUGCUUCAUUUCUUUGUUUUUUCUGUUCUUUCUCAUUCCAUGCUUGAAGCACUUAUGUACUCCUGUGAUGUGUUGUCUGUAGGCCUACGUCAGAAUUUUUAUUAUAUAGCAGCAUUAAUUUUGACACUAUGU